AUGCGCUUGCCAAAGCUGGGUGAGCUGGGUGGACUGAGCGGGGUCACUACCAGGCUGGGCGAGCUGGGGUACGCACCGAGAUUACCAAUAAGAAUGCCGUAUUUCUUCGAUCCUUACCGCAUGGCAGACUUCAACAGCAUUACUUCAACAUUUGGACUCGAGAUGCCAGGCCCACCUCGAUUUGAGAGUAGAAAGCUCGUGACACUUCGCCGCGCUGAAACACACCAGCCUGCAGCUGCUCUUUGCUCUGCUACUCGUUUUAUGAAGUGGUUUCUCGAGUGGUUGGGCGUUUCCAACGGCCGCACGGGCGUUCUCAACCGAUGCGGCCGCACGGAGCAUAAUUGUGCGAUGCGGUGCGCACAGUCCACCGCGAUGCUGAACGACAAAGCGUUUAGCAUCGUAAUGCGUGCAUUGAUGCUGGAAGACCUCACUCAGAGCGAAGAGCACGACCAACAUUACGCGUUUCUCGAACGCUCGGGCCAGUUUGCUGAUUAA